AUGUUUUGUAGAAAAAAAACAAGACCUUUAGUUUCAAAGCAGAAACACCAGUAUAAACCACAGGAGUCUGUUCACCUGGACAGGGACUCAUUUAUUGAUGAGCUGAGAAAAGCUGUGCCAAAUGCAUGUUUAUUGAAAGGAACGGAUCUACCGGUAUGUGAAGAAGUUCUUCAAGACCUGCCACACGAUGUUGGAGGAGACAAUUCCAUGGAGGCUGUUGAACACUACAUCAUCAGCAACAUGGUUAAAGAUGUCCAUACAGUUGAUGAUUUUAUUGACCAUCAACCAACUCUAACACCAAAUGAAGUGGACCAUAUUCAGAAAGAGACUGUAGGACAGAGUGAAAAUAAAUCAUGGCAUGCUCUAAGAAAAGACAGGAUUACUGCAUCCAAUAUGUAUGCAGUUCAUACACGUAUGAAUUCAUUCAAGAAAAAUCCUGAGGUGGACCUCAGUGCCAUUGUAUCUAUGGUAAUGGGUGGAAAGACUAUUAAUUCUAAUAUUAAAGCUCUGAAGUUUGGUAGAGAGUCAGAGCCACUUGCAAAGUCCAUCUAUUGUAAAAUGUACCUAGAAAGUCAUGUCGAUGCAAAAUUUAAAGAUUGUGGAAUUUUUCUAGAUCAAGACGUCUCUUUCUUAGCUGCCAGUCCCGACAUGCUGGUGUCUUGUGAAUGUUGUGGAGAUGACUUGUUAGCAGUAAAAUCAUCAAUGCAACCAAAAUGUAGUUUAUGCUCCGCAUUUUGUACAUGUAACUUGCCCGAUUAUUUAUUUACGUCUGAUAAUGAAGCUUUGGAGAUUAAAAAAAUCAUAGAUAUUUCUGUCAAAUACAAGGACAGAUGGCCAUUUGUAAGCGAGUGUGGUGUGAUUUUUUUGUUUAUUCCUGUAAUGGUACUUUCUCAAAAAGAAUCAAUUUCCAGGAAGAUUAUUAUUCGAAUGUUCAAUCAAAUUUGAUUUAUUUCUUCAAAACAUUUAUUGCACCUAAAUGUAUUGAGGAAGAAAUGUGUGCUUCAGCAUGUAUUGUGUGCCCAGACAAAGUGUCUGAAGAAUCUGAAUGUGAACCAAUGGAAGUAGAAGAUGGUGAAGGUGAUGUUUAUUUUUGUUUGAUUUGCAAAAACCAGAUUCAGGAGCAAGAGAAUGUCAAAUAUUUUGGACAGCGUAGUAUUUGUUGCGAUAUGUGUGACAAUUGGUUUCAUUUCAAAUGUAUAGGCAUGUCAAAGUCAGUUUUGAGUUGCACUUCCACUUGGUUAUGUCAAACUUGUUCAAGUAUGUCUUGAGGUGUCUGAUCCAAUAUAUAAAAUAAUUAAUCAUUAGAUA